AGUAGGAAUAUAAUUGGCAAACGUUGAAUAUUAGUUUCUAGAUAGGAUUAUUUUUUUUUUUAGAUGUAAAAAUAUAAUUAAGAUGACAAAGUUCCAAAAGAGGCAACUGACAUGCUCGAUGUAUUUAUUUUAUUAUUAUUUACAUAGCGUAAAUACAAGGAACAAUGACAUUUGACAUUUUAUGAUUUUCGUGAAACCAAUAUUUUUUUUUUUUUUUUUUUUUACUUCAAGGUCGUAAAAUAUCAAUGAAGCAUAAAAUAUUUUAUUAAGCUUUCGAUAUCUCAUUUGACCAAACUCUUCGUUAUUCUAUAUUUAGAUAACUUUCAGACGACAAGGAAUUAAUAAGAAAUCAUGCGAAAUAAUUUGUGAUAUAUCACGAACAUUAUCGUUAUUUAUCGCAUAUUUUUGAAUCAAGUUUUUUUCAUUUAUUUUUUUUAAUGAAAAAAAUUUUAUUUUAUUUAAUCACAACUUUUGUUAUUUUUUAAACAUAUUUCAUAAAAUUCUCAAUUAUCUUAUUUUAUUCUUAAAUAAUUCUUCCUUUCUUUUUUCUUUUUUUUUUUUUUUUUUCUUAUUAAUUAAACGUAGCGUCGAGAAAGUUCUUAUAAGUUCUUUCGCUAAAGCUAAGAUUUGUCAUCUAUUCCCUUCCUCUUUCUAUAUGGUUUCUCUUGAUCAAACAAAAAGUUGCCGCAGGUUGAAGUAAAUUCCUGUUGGUCUUUUUGUUGCGACUGGUUACUAGUUCUUCACAACGACUUCCCUUUUUUACCUGCUUCCCCUUUGAUCAAAUGGAACGUUGGCUUUAAGUUCAAGUGAAUUUCCAUUGGCCAUCUUUGUUCUACGAUUGUUGGACGGUUUUCUUUCAUGAAUAAAGAAAAUGUGAAUACUAGAAACGAGUGGGCAUCGUUAUGCGAACAAUUCCAUCUACCCAACGGCUGCGUGAACAGCGGGGUUGGCCUUAAACAAAUUUACCUUAGGUAUCUGGACAGAUAUGAAAAAGUACAUUUCCUGGGAGAAGAUGGCCAACAAGCUGACGACGAUGACGAGGAUUCCAGACACAGAAAAUGGUCUGCUAGGGCAUUACACUCUGUUCCUCUUACUUAUAAUCAUCAUCAACACAAUGUCGCAGAAUCUCUCCGUGAAUACAACGGCCUUUCGUCCGAUCUUUAUAAGCCAUCCAACUACGAUAAACUCGCGCUAUCUCUUCUCUCGCCACUUCCCAACGAGCAAGACUUCGCCAUCAAUGUCUGCACGCUGCUAUCGAACGAGGGCAAGCAUAUCCUACGCCUCGACAAAUAUCCCCGUCUCGUGAACAUACUCUUGGCGCACGCGGGUGUCUUCGAUUCACCUGGAACGCGGCAGCUCUUCAUCGAGGUUUAUUCCCGCGUGAGGAAUUAUUCCAUCAACUCUUUCUGGUCGGACGUCCUCGACUCGCAGGACGUGAUAGAUCUUACGAAUGAAAGGACGUUCAUGAAGAAACCGACCACCGCCAGCCCCCAGACCUUCUCCAGGCGGAAAAUAUUGGAGAGGGAGAAACAGAACAAAAGCGCCGCGUCCACGGAGAACGGAGAUGAGGCGUCAACGUCGAUGGAAGUCGACGGGGUGAUGCCAGACUGUUCGAGAUUAGAUCCGAUUGGAUCUCAUCAAGAUGAAACUUUAAGAGAUCAAAAUCAAAACUCGAUAAAAUUUGAAGAAGAAGAUAAAGAUUUGUUUUGUGUUGGGCGAACAUUGGGAACGCAGGAUCCUUAUGGUCAACGUGUGCUACAAAUAGCAUCUAUUUUACGGAAUUUAAGUUUUACUCCAGAAAACGCUGCUGUAUUAGGAAGGAAUCGGUGUUUCUUGAGAUUCGUAUUACUCUGUGUAAGAGCGAGGUGGAGUAAUCUGCAUCAACUUGGUUUUGAUAUAUUAGGGAACAUAGCAAAUGAAAUAGUCUUAAAAGAAGCUGGUGAGAGGAUAACAGAUGUUGUAUUGUCAUGUGUGGCAAAGGGAAUUGAAUCCCAAGACAGGUUCAUUGUUAUUUCCUGCUUGGAGGUGCUUAAUAAAAUUAGCCAACAAGACAGCAAUGAAGAAAUCGUUACGUUUGGAUUAGAAGAUAAUGUAUAUGAACUAAUAUGCAGAUUUUUAGCUCUGAACGACAUAGCUCUUUUAGUAUAUACCUUGGAAUGCUUGUACGCGUUGACUUCGUUAGGUGAAAGGCCAUGUACUAGCGUCGCGCGGGUACGCGGAGCUAUCGACACAUUAGUUGCUCUUGUUACUGUAGAAGCGCAGAGUUAUGGGCCGAAAGCUUGUAUUUUGAUGAGAGUUAUCGAAACAGUGUCCACGGUAGCACCACCACCCAAUGCUACUCAGAAUACUACUCCUGUCACAGCUACUGCGCCAGCAGUAACGGUGUCCUCCUCUGUGCCAACAACUCCAGCUACAGUUACUGCAACGCCAGCUCCUGUAAGCCCAGCACCUUCGCGACCAACGACUCCAGCUGCAAUUACAACAAAAUCUACUACGCACAAAGCAGUUGAGACGAAUAAUUCGCUUCAGCAACAACAUGCACAUCAACAAAUCAUUCAAGAAAACGAGCAAUUUGCUUUGAGUUGGUUAAGAGCUACUUUCGAACCAGCACAGGGAAUCCGUAUAGAGCAAGAAGAAUUGUACAAGAAAUAUCUUGGUUGCUGCACAAAGAUUGGUAGAAGAGGUGUUAUUGCUCCACUUCAUUUUCCUAGAUGCGUUAGAUCUGUAUUUGGUGGAAGCGUCGGACCAAAUCCAUUGAAAGGUGAAACAAGUGGUACUCAGUAUUACGAAGGAAUCCGAGUACGGGCCACAUCUCCCCAAGUAACUUAUCCGAGCCAAACUGCAGUUGGGACUAACACAGCUCCAAUUCCAGCAGCCAACGCAACGCCAGUAAAGGUGCUUCCCGUACAACAGCGUACAAUCAAGAGUAUAAGUCCUGCUCCUGAUAGCACGGCCCUAGACAAUCCUGCAUCUGGGCCUCCAAGAACCCCUGCCCCAGCAUCGCCUAUCCUUAAAGCCCAAUUGUCUGCUCCACCAAAACCACCAUCCAGUAUCUCGAACACUGCAACUCAAUCCCAAAAUCCAGUCACCAAGGUUGAUUCUAAAAGUCAGGUGUCAGUAUCACAUCCUCACCUGAGUCAAGCAUUGCUGUCAAGUGGCUCCCAAACACAAUCACAACAACAAGUACAACAAGUACAGCAACAAUGUCAAACUGUCCAGGUAGUUGCAAAGGAAGAUAAUCGAAGUGGUACUACAUCCAGUUCCAUAAUAAAAAGCCUUCUGGCUACUAAGGUAACGGUUAGCAGCGACUGCAUGCCCAGUACUGCUGCGACUUGUGUGUCUACCCCUACUGCCUGUGUAACAAACACUACUGCUAGCAUCGCAUCCAGCAUCAGUGCCAACCAGCUAAUAACCAGCAACCAGGUUGCGCAACGCCAACAACAACAAAGGCUAUUACAACAGCAAUUAACUAAUAUAUCGCAACCAGCUGCAACUACAACUUUAACUACAAUACUCCCAAAGACACCUGUCAACUCAAAGCAAAAGCCAACUAUCACACCCAUUCCUGCCAAAAAAAUACAAAGGCUCAAUGGAGCUAAAUUUAUUAUGACUAAUAAUUGUGACAAGACUGAAGUAAAUGAUAAUGAAAAUGUCAACCAAAUACCAACUUCAACGACUUCUUCCACAAUGGUUUUAAAUUCAACCGAAAAUCACAUAUCGUCAAACAUUAAAGUAUGUCGGCCUCCAGCAACAACUAUAACUACAGCAAACAAAGCUAUUCAACGUUCAACUUGUACAUCAAUAGCUGAGGAUUCGGAUUCGACUAAUAAUUCUUUGGCAUCCAGUAGUGGUAUUGGUGGUAGUAGGGACUGUUCUGGUGUCGGUAUAGAAGAAGAUAAUUCUUUGACAAGUUUCGAAGGAAUUCUGUUAAAUGGUGCACCAAGUAAUAUGGAUAUCGAUGCCCAAGAAGAUUCAUCAAAAGAUUCAUCUAGUAUAACGUCUAAAGAGAAACCUCUGCAAAGUAUGAUGCUUGCAGAUUUAUUAGAACGGAAAGUUGACAAAGAGCCUAUUUUGAAUGGUGUUUUAGGAAAAAAUUCGAUUAAUGAAAAAGGAAUGGACUUAGUAGAAAAUCACAUUAAGAAAGUAUUAAAAGAAUCUCCUACAGACAUUAAAAUAAAAACCGAAGUAGAAGAAGGUAAUGUUAUACAGACAGAAGUUUCUGAAGAUACUUUAAUUGAAGCACCUAGAGGAAUAAAACGAGCUGCCAGUGAGUCGGAUGAAGUAGAUGUAAAAAAAGUAAAAUAUUCUAAUGGUACUAUGUCACCUGAUCCUGCUGUUGAUUCGACCACUGCUGAAUCCACUGUCUCGAGUAUAAAAUCUGAGGAACAGGAUGAUGAUAAGGAUAGUGAGAAAGCAACUGUAUCUUCUACAGCCGCAAAUCUUUACGCUGCUCUGGCUGCAGAUUGUAUAGAAGACGAAAUUGACCUUGAUGAAAAUGUUACUGUUAAUGUCCAGGAAGAAACUACUACUACGAUAAAAGAAGAACCUCAUAUAUUUGUCAAUCAAAUUAAUCAACAACAAUCAUCUCAACAACAACAAUCGCAACCGACACCACAGCAACAGCCACAGCAACCGCCGCCGCAACCGCAACAAUCGCAACCUCAAAUGCAACAGCAACCACAACCUCAUCCUCAACAACAACCUCAACAACAACUUAUUGUCGCAGCACCUAGGCAAAUAGUAGUGCAACAAACAAUACAAUCGAAUAAUCAAGUUCUUAUUCCAACUAGUGCAGUGAAAGGAAGGCAAGCGCAACCUCAACCACAAGUUUUAUUGCAACAAGGAGCAGGAGGUCAAUUACAGUAUGUUGUUUCUGGUGGCGUCCCUGGUCAAAAUUACGUUUUAGCUCAACCACAAACAACGCUGGUUCAAGGUCAAGCGCAAACUGUGUUAGUAGCUCAAACAACACAACAGCAGGGAACAGGUGCAAAAACGAUAAUUAUUUUGCAAUCUCAAGCAGCUGCCCAACCAACUCAGCAAAAAAUGGUGGCCGUAACUCCUCAGGGACAGCAGGUUGUCGUUACACAAGUUUCACGUCCUAUCUUGCAGAGUCCAGCGCUCGGCAAUAUACCUCCACCUUUGGUUCCAACGUCUGGCACAAUUCCACAAACUUCGAUAAUAGUGAACAGUUCUGUAGCACAAACAAAUCCAAAUACAGUGACCGUUACAAUUCCCGCGAUGGCUCAACAAACACCAGUGUCAACGAGUGUGCCAUCAAGAGUGGUAACACCAACACCAGCCUCUACUCCACCGCCUACUAGACCCACUACACCUCAUCAGGCAGCAGCAACGCAUGGAUUACCGACAAAACAACCUGCUAAAGUAAUAAAGACUGUCAGUUCUUCAACCUCUACUGAACCAGAAUCUAAGCCAUCUACGAGCCAAAAUCAACCAGAAAAAACUAUUACAAUAAAAAUUGAUCCCAAUGCAUAUUUAUGUGAAUGGCGAGGUUGUUUAAGGCAAUUUAAAACACCACAUGAAGUUUAUCUUCAUGUAUGCGAAACACAUUGUCCAUCUGGUGGAGAGGAAAUAUUAUGUCUUUGGGCAAGCUGUGAUGCCUUGAAAAGACGAAGAUUUUCAUUGAUGACACAUUUGUAUGAUAGGCAUUGUAAUGCGGAAACAAUGUCGAUAAGAAGGAAACAAUUAACGGUAACAGGUAAAACCGAAGUUUCUACAUCGACACCGCCAACUCCUCAUCACCCUGGAUAUGCACCGAAUGCAGCAUUCCAUGCUAUUAAACGGCACGCUUUGGAGUUUGUAAAUCCAAAGGAGUUAAUGCAAAGGCCGACCAAGCCCGCUGCAGCCACUUCAAGCUCUUCUUCUCCCAGACCUGGGCAAAAUCCUCCACCAGAACAGGAUGACAACGAAGGUCCUGUGACCAAAAGUAUUCGCUUGACAGCAGCUCUUAUUCUUAGAAACCUAGUCAUAUAUUCAACACAUGGCAGAAGACAUCUUAGAGCGUACGAACCACAUUUGGCAGGAGUCGCAUUAAGUAAUGUUGAAUCAUCAAGAACAAUCGCACAAGUUCUGUAUGAUAUGAAUGAUCAAAGUAGCAGUAACCAUAGGUGACCUCUUGAACCAGGCCUCUAAAAGAAAGCUUUUUCAUCCUGCGAACAGCGAUCAAUUCGUUUAUUUUGAAUUUUAGUGUAAAGUGAAAGAACAAAA